AUGGUGUUGCGAGGUGCUACCUGCCUAGGUGCUACCUGCCUAGGUGCUACCUGCCUAGGUGCUACCUGCCUAGGUGCUACCUGCCUAGGUGCUACCUGCCUAGGUGCUACCUGCCUAGGUGCUACCUGCCUAGGUGCUACCUGCCUAGGUGCUACCUGCCUAGGUGCUACCUCCCUAGCUGCUACCUCCCUAGGUGCUACCUGCCUAGGUGCUACCUGCCUAGGUGCUACCUGCCUAGGUGCUACCUGCCUAGGUGCUACCUCCCUAGGUGCUACCUGCCUAGGUGCUACCUGCCUAGGUGCUACCUGCCUAGCUGCUACCUGCCUAGCUGCUACCUGCCUAGCUGCUACCUCCCUAGCUGCUACCUCCCUAGGUGCUACCUCCCUAGGUGCUACCUGCCUAGGUGCUACCUGCCUAGGUGCUACCUGCCUAGGUGCUACCUGCCUAGGUGCUACCUGCCUAGGUGCUACCUGCCUAGGUGCUACCUGCUUAGGUGCUACCUGCCUAGGUGCUACCUGCCUAGGUGCUACCUGCCUAGCUGCUACCUCCCUAGCUGCUACCUCCCUAGGUGCUACCUCCCUACGUGCUACCUGCCUAGGUGCUACCUGCCUAGGUGCUACCUCCAUAGGUGCUACCUGCCUAGCUGCUACCUCCCUAGGUGCUACCUCCCUAGGUGCUACCUGCCUAGGUGCUACCUGCCUAGGUGCUACCUGCCUAGGUGCUACCUGCCUAGGUGCUACCUCCCUAGUUGCUACCUGCCUAGGUGCUACCUGCCUAGGUGCUACCUCCAUAGGUGCUACCUGCCUAGCUGCUACCUCCCUAGGUGCUACCUCCCUAGGUGCUACCUGCCUAGGUGCUACCUGCCUAGGUGCUACCUGCCUAGGUGCUACCUGCCUAGGUGCUACCUCCCUAGGUGCUACCUGCCUAGGUGCUACCUGCCUAGGUGCUACCUGCCUAGCUGCUACCUGCCUAGGUGCUACCUCCCUAGGUGCUACCUGCCUAGGUGCUACCUGCCUAGGUGCUACCUGCCUAGGUGCUACCUGCCUAGGUGCUACCUGCCUAGGUGCUACCUGCCUAGGUGCUACCUGCUUAGGUGCUACCUGCCUAGGUGCUACCUGCCUAGGUGCUACCUGCCUAGGUGCUACCUCCCUAGGUGCUACCUGCCUAGGUGCUACCUGCCUAGGUGCUACCUGCCUAGGUGCUACCUGCCUAGGUGCUACCUCCCUAGGUGCUACCUGCCUAGGUGCUACCUGCCUAGGUGCUACCUGCCUAGGUGCUACCUGCCUAGGUGCUACCUGCCUAGGUGCUACCUCCCUAGGUGCUACCUGCCUAGGUGCUACCUGCCUAGGUGCUACCUGCCUAGGUGCUACCUGCCUAGGUGCUACCUGCCUAGGUGCUACCUGCCUAGGUGCUACCUCCCUAGGUGCUACCUGCCUAGGUGCUACCUGCCUAGGUGCUACCUGCCUAGGUGCUACCUGCCUAGGUGCUACCUGCCUAGGUGCUACCUCCCUAGGUGCUACCUGCCUAGGUGCUACCUGCCUAGGUGCUACCUGCCUAGGUGCUACCUGCCUAGGUGCUACCUGCCUAGGUGCUAUCUGCCUAGCUGCUACCUCCCUAGGUGCUACCUGCCUAGGUGCUACCUGCCUAGGUGCUACCUGCCUAGGUGCUACCUGCCUAGGUGCUACCUGCCUAGCUGCUACCUCCCUAGGUGCUACCUGCCUAGGUGCUACCUGCCUAGGUGCUACCUGCCUAGCUGCUACCUCCCUAGGUGCUACCUCCCUAGGUGCUACCUCCCUAGGUGCUACCUGCCUAGGUGCUACCUGCCUAGCUGCUACCUGCCUAGCUGCUACCUCCCUAGGUGCUACCUCCCUAGGUGCUACCUGCCUAGGUGCUACCUGCCUAGGUGCUACCUGCCUAGGUGCUACCUGCCUAGGUGCUACCUGCCUAGGUGCUACCUGCUUAGGUGCUACCUGCCUAGCUGCUACCUCCCUAUCUGCUACCUCCCUAGGUGCUACCUCCCUAGGUGCUACCUGCCUAGGUGCUACCUGCCUAGGUGCUACCUGCCUAGGUGCUACCUGCCUAGGUGCUACCUGCCUAGGUGGUGCUACCUCCCUAGGUGCUACCUGCCUAGGUGCUACCUGCCUAGGUGCUACCUCCCUAGGUGCUACCUCCCUAGGUGCUACCUGCCUAGGUGCUACCUGCCUAGGUGCUACCUGCCUAGGUGGUGCUACCUCCCUAGGUGCUACCUGCCUAGGUGCUACCUGCCUAGGUGCUACCUCCCUAGGUGCUACCUCCCUAGGUGCUACCUGCCUAGAUGCUACCUCCACAGGUGCUACCUGCCUAGCUGCUACCUGCCUAGGUGGUGCUACCUGCCUAGGUGCUACCUGCCUAGGUGCUACCUGCCUGGCGGCAGCCUUUGCCAGGAAGAACGGAUUGACAGGCGAGGCCCCAGCAGCAGGCAGAAGGGUGGAGAGCAGAGAACGCGAGGGGGUGGAGGGGCUACACCUGCAGGCAGCUCGCCCUUGUCUCCCCCGUGCGCCUUGA